AUAUAAAAGCCACGAGAGUUCUUAACCGCCGGUACAGUUUGGAUCGAUAAGCCAACCCAAGUGUGCGUCUGAAUAGAAUAGUUUUGCCGGUUGUUUGGUGGAUCCGUUUGUUUUUUCGAGUACCAUGCUCAAGUUUACCAUUCUGGCUAGCUGCCUGGUAGCGGCCGCAGUCUGCUCGAAUGAUCUGCAGGGAGCCGAAAGCGGUUGGAGUGGCUGGAGCUCCGGCGGUGGAGGCGGCGGUUAUGGUGGCGGCCAUGGAGGUGGUAAAGUAAUCAUCCUCUCAUCCGGUUCUGGAGGUGGAUGGCCAUCGUCCAGUGGUGGGUGGAGCCAAGGUGGUAGCUCCGGUUGGCCCAAGAGUGGUGGUUCUGGAUGGUCCAGUGGAGGCUCGGGAUGGCCACAGGGUGGUUCUGGGUGGAGUCAGGGCGGCGGAGGAUGGUCCAAUGGUGGAGGAUACGCCAAGUCUUACAGUAAUAGCAACUCUAUCAGCCAUGGAUCUGGACGCAGCAUCGGUGGUGGUUGGCCAUCCGGUGGAUCCAGUGGAUGGUCAUCUGGAGUAUCUGCGUGGCCAUCAAGUAAUUCCGGCUGGUCUGGUAGCAGUGGAGGCUGGAGCAAGGGAGGCAGCAGUGGUUGGCCAAGCUCAUCGGGAUGGAGCUCCGGUGGAGCUGGAAAGGGUUGGAGCUCGGGAGGUUAUGGUGGCGGCAGUGGAGGUUACGGAAGCGGCAGUGGCUGGGCUACUGGAGGCAGCAUUGGAGGACAUUCUGGUGGGUGGAAUUCUGGUGGCUCAUCAGGCUGGAAAAGCUGGUAAAGCUUGACACGACCUUCUGAGCAUUAUGAUCGCCUGUGUUCAACUAAAAAAUAACAAUUCAACUGUAAAAAUGUACAACGACUUCUCCCUCUCAAUAUAUAUGUAAAUAAACUUUCUGAAGGUAA